AUGGACCGCAGCCUGGACGAGAUCAUCGCUGAGCGACCUAAUCAGAAUCAAAACCAGAACCGAGGCCGUCGCCCUCAGGGCCAAGGCCAAGGCCGUCGCCGUGAUGGCGUGAAAAAGUCCUACAAAGAAGAACGAGUCGAUUUAGAUCUUGAUUGGGUCCAUGACAGAUAUGAAGACGACAGAGACACACGCCCUGCCCGUGCCCCUCGACGUCCUCGCGGCGAUCGCUACUCCCCCGCCGGUGAACACUCCGCGACCGGUUCGAAGAUUCGCGUUGAAAACCUUCAUUACGAUAUCACAGAGAGCGACCUUGAGGAUCUCUUCACCCGAAUUGGACCCAUUACGAACCUCUCCCUUGUUUACGACCGGGCUGGACGCUCGGAAGGCGUUGCCUACGUUACCUACAACCGUGUGAGCGAUGCGAGAACGGCGAUAUCCGAAUUUGACGGCGCAAACGCCAAGGGACAGCCCAUCCGUUUGGCCUUGGUUGCCGCCGGCAGCGGUGGCGGAAGACGGGAUCGCAACCCCUUUGACAACGUUGAACGGCCCAAGGGAAGUCUCUUUGACCGAGUGGAGCGCCCACGCAAUGCCCGAAGCCUGAGCCCCGGAAGCGAUCACGGUGAUGCCGAUGACGGAGCGCGCCGUCGUCGUGGCCGUCGCGGCGGCGCAGGCGGCCGGCGCAGCGACGUCUCGAAGCCAGCUCCCGACCAUAUUGACCGGUACGUGCCGGGCCAGCGGUCGCCAGUACGGCGGAGCGCCAACGGCAGACGACAGGGGGAGCGACGCGAUGAUCGGGGUCGAGGCGAGGGUCGUCGCAACCCCAACGCCAGGCCGAAGAAGACGCAGGAGGAACUUGAUCAGGAGAUGGAUGACUACUGGGGCGGUGCAAACGCCGGUGCUGGUACUGCAGACAAGGAGGCUGUGCAGGAUGAGCCUCAGCAGAUUGCUCCCGCAACUUCUGCUGCUGCGGGUGAUGACGAUGUGGAUAUGAUUGAGUAA